UCAAACAUCCCUCGACUUGAUGACAGCUAAUGUCAUAUUUUCUAAUCUGUGGCAACUUCCUUCUUGCACCAUGACUGGAUAAUGUUAAACGUAGCUCUGUACUAUUUUAAUUAAUUAAAUCAAUAAAACAAGUAUAUAUAAAGAAAAGUAUCUUUAAUUAAGUGGUAACCUGCGCCCCAUAACAAUAUUUCAUUAGUUAUGGGCCCAGACAUCGUAAAUAAACAAGAAAAGGAAAAGUGAAAAUACGGCGUCAUCAGUACAGUACGGGAGAAAAUAAGAGAACCAAGAUGGCGAAAGAAAAUGUGAAUUUUAAUAAUAGAUAUAAUAUUGAACCGUUUAAUGGAGACGGUUUUAACAAUUGGUCGUUUAGGAUAAAAAGUGUUUUAAAGGAAAAUUCGUGCCUAGAGGCAAUAUUAACAGUUACAUAUGCAGAAAAUAAAGCUAACGAGAAAAUGGAAGCGCGUGCACAAGCCAUCUUGAUUGCCGCAGUGGCGGACAGCCACUUAGAAUAUGUGAGAGAAGAGACAGCAUACGCGAUGUUCAAAAAUUUAGAAGAUAAUUUUAAAGACAAAGGAGUAAGAAGCAAAUUAUUUUUAAGAAGACAAUUAAGUGAUAUGAAAUACAAGGACACGACAUCUUUAAAAGAACACCUUACUAAAAUACAAGAAAUAUGCACUCAAUUAGAAGAAGCAGGAUCGGAAUUAAAAGAAGAGGAAAAAAUAAAUUACGUGCUUUUGUCAAUGCCGAAAUCUUAUGAGUCAAUAGUUACAGCUUUAGAAACCAUUGGCGACUUAAAAUUAAAUACAGUUAAAGACAGAUUAUUGGCAGAGGAAGAAAAACAAAAGAAAUUUAAUGAAUAUACAAGUCAAGUACAGUUAAACGCGUUCAAUUGCUUUACAUGCGGCAAACCCGGCCAUAAAAAGUUUCAAUGCAGACAGAGUCAAGGAUAUGGACUUAAUCAAGGACAUGGACGUGGCGGACAGAGUCAAGGAUAUGGAUUUAAUCAAGGACAUGGACGUGGCGGAUGGAGUCAAGGAUAUGGAUUUAAUCAAGGGCAUGGACGAGGCGGAUGGAAUCAAGGAUAUGGAUUUAAUCAAGGACAAGGACGUGGCGGAUGGAACCAGGGAAGAGGCUUUAAUCAAGGACGUGGACAGAGUGGAUCAUACAGAGGAACGGGAUUUAACCAAGGACGCGGUCGUGGCAGCCAAGGGAGAAAUAGAGGUUCGAGCCAAGGACGGAGUACCAACUAUGUCGAAGAUAAUGAUGAAACAAUAGCAUUCUUCUGCGGAAAUAUGUAAGGAAAAAUUUAUUAUCAGUGUCUAAAAUGGAAAGUGUCGGGUUGAGGAUUGAAUUUGCUAAUGGAAAGGUACGAGUAUAUAAACAUAAUUAUUUAAUCAUGAUCGGAAAUAAAGAGGGAACACUAUACUCAGUUGAAUGUAAAAUUAAUGUGAAUUCGUGUCAGUUAACAAACACAGUAGAUACAAAUUUAUGGCACAGACGUUAUUGUCACUUGGGCUCACAAAAUUUAGAUGUACUUGUACGUAGAAAUCUGGUAGAUGGUUUAUCUAAAAUAAAAAAUAAAUUUGUAAAUGACAGUUUAUGUGAAGCAUGUAUUUUAGGGAAAAGUCGUAGACAGCCUUUUAAUAAAAUAGGGACUAGAGCUAAGAAA